AUGCUUCGAUUCUUAUUUCUAGUUGCUUUAAUCCAAGCGAGUUCAAUAGAAUUCCAAUGUCCUCCAACAACUGGAUCGAUCGGAUAUCUUCUCGACAAAGCAUAUAUUCCAGGUGCUUCAAUUGUUGUUCUAAAUCGAGAUGAAAUUCUUUAUGAAAAAGGAUUCGGUUAUCAUUCUCCUUCAAUAUCAGAAUCAGAAGAACGUCAUCCAAUGAGUGCCUCAUCAUCAAUCUUUGUCUUAGCAUCAAUUUCUAAAACAUUCAUAGCUGUUGCUGCCAUGCAAAUGGUUGAAUUGAAUCUUCUUAAUCUUGAUGAAAAUAUCAAUAAAUAUUUAUCACCUCGUAUAAAUAUUACUCAUCCAUUCUAUCCAGAUGAUAUUAUUACUACAAGACAUUUACUUACACAUACAGCUGGUAUUGGAGUGAAUUUUGAAGAAGAAUUGAAAUUUUAUCUUCCUGGUGAUGAUUUUACCAAAACAAAUCUUGGCGAUGUCCUUGAAAACUAUUUAAGUUACAAUGCUAGCUGGUUACCUAUCCGACCCGGUAAUCAUACGACAUCUUAUUCAAAUGUUGGUGCGAGUUUAGCCGCAUAUAUUGUUGAACGUUUAGCCAAUACAUCAUUUGAAGAAUAUGUUCAAGAAAAAAUCUUAAGAGUUUUAGGUAUUGAUCGAGAGAAUGGUGGUUAUCGAUUAAGUAAUUUUCAAAACAAACAACAAGAUCUUGUUGGUCAUUAUAUUUAUAAUGCAUCAUGGCUUCAAUCAUUUCAAGCUAUGGUACCACAACUAAAUGUUUCUCGAGUUAAUAAUAAUUCAAAUUGGUUAUAUGUACCUUUUUAUAGUCUUAGUAGAUAUCCAGCGGGUUAUUUACGACUGUCAGCUCAUUCAUUGGGUUUAUUCUUUCAAUCAUUUAUGAAUAAAUUUCCAAAACUUUUAAAUAAUGUAUCUUCUUUUGAAGAAAUUAUUCGUGCUGAACCACAAACAAGUUAUAUGAAUAUGUCAAGUACUAAAUAUGGUCUUUUAUGGUAUUGGAAAUCUAUUGGUGGACGGUAUUUAAUUGGACAUGAAGGAUCAGUACCUGGUAUAUCAACUAUAAUGAUGUCGAAUGAAGAAAGAAAUUUGGGUAUUAUUUUAUUAACAAAUGGAGAUACAGUUAGAGAAGAUAGCCAAUCAGAUCAAGUUCAAAGAACAAUAAUUGAUAUAACAAAUGGGUUAUUUGAUUGUUUUGAAAAUUUACCAAAUACAGGUUCGAUAUAUCAAUCAUUUAACUUUUUUAUUUUUUCUAUGAUAUUUUGUUUUUUGAUUAUGUUUUGA